AUGUUCGACAUAGUCAUAUGGCUCACAGUAUCAAAAGAGGGGAGCAAGGAAAAUCAAACAAGAGAACAUCUACAACAAGCUAUUGCGCAAAGAUUGAAACUAACAAUGGUAGCAACAAGCGAUGCCGGUGAAAUUGCCCAACGAAUAUUUACGGAGUUGGAGGGAAUGAAGUACUUGUUCCCUUUGGACGAUGUCAAAGAAUAUCUCAACUUAAAUGAAAUUGGGAUUCCUUUUCGCAAUAAUGGCAGCAAUAUAAUAUUGACAACUAGGUUGCACCAUGUUUGUAAUAACAAAAUGGUGGACAAGGCGAUUAAGUUGGAAUAUUUGUCUCGCGAUGAGUCAUGGAAGAUGUUUCAAGAUGUUUUAAGAGGCAAAAAGCUCAUUAAAGAUGAAAGAAUAGGACCACUUGCAUACCGAGUGUGCAUAAAGUGCAGUGGACUUCCGCUAUUAAUUGAAAAAGUAGCAAAUACUUUCAAAUUGAAAACCACUGAAAGCAUCUGA